CUGACCUCUCCUCCCUUCGUUCGUUCCUCGUUGAUCAUCAUCAUCAUCGUCAUCUCAAUUCGCCAUGAAGUCCAUUCGCCCUCACAUCGGCGGUAGCUCGCUGACGCGGGGUCUACGCUGGGCGCUUCCCGCAGCGCGAGCCCCGCUGCUCAAUGAGUCGAGGAGGCACCUCUGUGGCGUUCGCCACCCUGAGAACAAGGCCGCGUACACUACCCAGAGCGUGUCACCAAAUGGUUCUUCUGUCAAUACGGCAAUUUAUCGACCAUCUCCAAGGAGAGCACCGGGAUGUGUAGCAAGCAGCGUGCAUCCGCUCGCUACCACAAGCUCGCAUCGUGCGGCCCAAAGUCGAGCUUCAUACAGCACCGACGCACCGUUGGCGGGGGAACCCACUGUGCACGACGUCUUCGAGACUAAGACGAGCACUUGGCAGUACGUGGUUGCUGAUCCAUCUACGUCGACCGCAGUCAUCAUUGACCCGGUGUUGGAUUAUGAUCCGGCCACGUUGGUCGUGGCCACUCACACCGCCGAUGCGCUCCUGGCCCUGGUCAAGGAAAAGGGCUACAAGGUGGACUGGAUUCUCGAAACACACGCUCAUGCAGACCACCUGACGGCAGUAUCAUAUCUCCAGAAGCAGCUUGCAAAGGAGCAAGGAUACAAGCCUUGUGUCGGUAUUGGGAAGCGCAUCCAGCAGGUCCAAGAAUUGUUUGGGGGAAAAUACGGAGUUCCGGCAGACGAGUACGGACGCGUUUUUGAUAAGCUCUUUGACGACGAUGAGGUGUUCAGCAUUGGUAAGCUGAGUGCGACGGCUAUGCACCUUCCUGGCCACACUCCCGACCAUAUGGGCUACAAGAUUGGAGACAAUGUAUUCUGUGGUGAUUCUCUCUUCCACGCAGACCUUGGCACCGCUCGUUGCGAUUUCCCGGGCGGCAGUGCAAGCAGUCUUUUCAACUCUGGGCGCAGGUUGUUGAGCCUGCCAGAUCAUGUCAAAAUCUGGACGGGCCACGACUACCCCCCAGAGGAGCGCGGCGCGCCUGCACCUUGGAUGAGCGUGAAGGACCACAAGGCUCAGAACAAGCAUCUACGAGACGGCAUCACCGAGGAGGAGUUUGUGGCCCUACGAAAGAAGCGUGACGCCACGUUGGGAGAGCCAAGGCUGAUCCAUCAGUCCUUGCAGGUGAACAUCCGCGCAGGGCAUUUACCCAAGGCGAAUGAGGCAGGUCAUCGGCUACUCCAUGUUCCGAUGAAGCAGAAGGGAGUGGGAUGGUAACUGAGAGUCGAUGUACAGUGAAAUCCUAUGUACUUUAGUAGUCGUUUGAAUCUGAACUUGAAUCACAACUCGAAUUUUGG